CCUAUCAGUUGAUAAUUGACCAUAGUUGCGAAAAUAAUCUUCCAACUGAUCGUUAGCCACAAUGAACACUAGUGUUUUAUUAUUCAAUUGUGUUUUAUUAUUUAUUCUGAUUGCGUUGAGCCAGUCCAAGGGAGAAUUGAAAUUACUUCUGGCGGUCUUUCGUCAUGGGGAUCGCACUCCGGAUUGGCUCCCUCAGUGGUACCCGAACGAUCCCUACAACUCGGACGAUUGGUAUCCCGUGCCCGACGGCGGACUGACAAAUAUCGGAAAACAGGGGGCUUACAAUCUGGGAACCUUUUUUCGCCGGAGAUACGAUAAAUUUCUUGGUCAUGACACACGUCCGGAUGUCGUGAAGUUCUUCAGCAGUCAUUCAGACCGAGCUAAAUUGUCCGGGCAGCUGGUGGCGAGCGGACUUUAUCCACCUCAGCCCCAUGAAAAAUGGAAUAAUGCCCUCGACUGGCAGCCGAUCUUCAUAAACUCAGCUCCAUCGGUAGACGAGGCUUGGUUCUAUUUUUCGUCCGUAGGUCUCUGUAGCAAUCACAAGAGGCAACAGAAACUCCUGGAGACCACAGAUCCCGAAUUUAUAAAAUAUCUCGAUAGUAAUAAAGAGUUCUACGAUUUUAUAUCGAAUCAUGCUGGAAUCAACGGCACUUACGAGCUUGCUUACGUCCUUUAUGUCACCAUCAUCGCCGAGGUCGAGAUGGGCCUCGCACCCCCUACGUGGACACAGGGUCUUCUGCCGGAGGGUAAGCUCAAGGAUGCAGCUGGGAAAGUCUUCGAGAUUCGGGGACUCAAUGACGAAUUGAAGAAAAUCGCCGCAGGUGUGUGGCUGAAAAUGUGGCUGGAAAAGGUCGAGGAUUUCAUAUCUGGGAAAUUCCCCAGACAAAAGGCAUUAUUCUGGUCAGGGCAUGAUCAGAACGUUGGAGAUAUGCUGGUUGCUCUGGGAGCUUUCGAGGAGCCUCAUGUGCCUGCUUACAACAGUGCUAUAAUGCUCGAGUUGCAUCAGAUUGGUGCAGAAUAUUAUGUCAAGGUCCUGUACAAACGAGAUGUUUACGUCGAGCCCCUGUUCAUUCCAGGAUGCGACGAUUUAAUUUGCCCCCUUGAAACGUUCAAGAAAAAAUUCGCUCCAAUCCUACCUGAAGAUCCGAGGGGAGCGUGCGGAGAGCUGCUGUAAUCUGACAUAAUUGGGAUAAAUGGAACGCAACAGGAAGGAGACAAUCCCUGACGGAUCACUCAAUAGUCGAAUAAAAUUCACGGAGCGAAAAAUUCUUGAAAAAUUACGGAACAACUACGAUUUUUUCACUGAAUGUUCAAUACUUUUUCUUGAACGUUAUGAGCCUUUUCCUGAAAGUUCACUGGGGAAGGGCGUAAUGGUCCGCACCUUUUACUGAAUACUGUUUUGACUCGCAGAUAUCGGAACACGUAAUUUUUCAAGAAUUUUUCUUUCCGUAUUAUGCACCCAGUCAAGAACUACUCGCCAGGGAUUCGAUUGAAACAGAAAUGUUUCAUUUAAAUGCUUUUCAGAGUGGAGCUUUAUGUUAUUAAGACUGAAGGUCAUCUCCAUGUCGAUACACACAUAAUAUGCAUUAAAAUACUUGAACCGA